GUCCGGCGCCUCCUCCCGGCCGCAGCGCUAGGCAGGCAGCCGCCGCCCGGCCUCGCAGCUCUCCCCGCCUCCCGGCCCGCCCUCCGCCGGGAGUGAGCGGCGCCCCGGCCGCCGUCCGGGCGCGCGCAGCCAGAGGGCGCGACUAUGCCAAGAUGGUCCUGCAGGCGCGGAACAAGCACCGGGAGGCGGCCCCCAAGUCGCCCCAGCCGCCCCGCGCCUCGCAGUCGCCGCGGAGGGGGACGCCGGACGCCGGGGAGCCCGGGCCCGAGCGCGCGUCCCCGUCCCCCGGGCGCAAGGGCGCCGCGGGCAGGAAGGGGCCCCGUGCCGAGCCCGCCGCGCCGCCCUCCGGGGUUGGCCUCGGGGGGCGCCUGGCGGCCGGGCUGCGCGGGGCGCUGGGCCUGCGGCGCGCGGGGCGCGGCCGGACCUGGACCACGCUCCUGCUAGCUGCCGUUGCCGCCGUGCUGCACUGGAGCCACAUCACACACCUCUUUGAAAAUGAUCGUCAUUUUUCUCACCUCUCAACAUUGGAAAGGGAGAUGGCUUUUCGCACUGAAAUGGGAUUGUAUUAUUCCUACUUCAAGACUAUUGUGGAAGCACCCUCGUUUUUGAACGGAGUGUGGAUGAUUAUGAAUGAUAAGCUGACUGAAUAUCCCCUUGUUAUUAAUACAUUAAAAAGGUUCAAUCUUUACCCUGAGGUCAUCUUAGCCAGCUGGUACCGAAUUUAUACCAAAAUAAUGGACUUCAUUGGCAUUCAGACCAAGAUCUGCUGGACGGUCACCAGAGGGGAAGGACUCAGUCCCAUCGAGAGCUGUGAAGGAUUGGGAGAUCCUGCUUGCUUUUAUGUUGCUGUCAUUUUUCUUUUAAAUGGACUGAUGAUGGCAUUAUUCUUCAUUUAUGGCACAUACUUAAGCGGCAGCCGGUUAGGAGGCCUGGUCACGGUGCUGUGCUUCUUCUUCAAUCACGGAGAGUGCACCCGCGUGAUGUGGACGCCGCCGCUCCGCGAGAGCUUCUCCUACCCGUUCCUCGUGCUCCAGAUGCUGCUCGUGACUCACAUUCUCAGGGCCACGAAACUCUAUCGAGGAAGCUUGAUUGCUCUGUGCAUCUCCAACGUGUUCUUCAUGCUCCCGUGGCAGUUCGCUCAGUUCGUACUUCUGACUCAGAUUGCAUCAUUAUUCACAGUAUAUGUUGUGGGAUACAUUGAUAUAUGCAAAUUACGGAAGAUCAUUUAUAUACAUAUGGGUGUGCUGGCAAUGAAACCACAUUUUCUCAAAAUAAAUGUAUCUGAACUUAGUUUAUGGGUCAUCCAAGGAUGUUUUUGGUUAUUUGGAACUGUCAUACUCAAGUAUUUGACAUCUAAAAUCUUUGGCAUUGCAGAUGAUGCUCAUAUUGGCAACUUACUAACAUCAAAAUUCUUCAGCUAUAAGGAUUUCGAUACUUUACUGUAUACGUGUGCAGCGGAGUUUGACUUCAUGGAGAAGGAGACUCCACUGAGGUACACGAAGACACUGCUGCUUCCCGUGGUCCUGGUGGUGUUUGCUGCGAUCGGCAGAAAGAUCAUUAGUGACAUGUGGGGUGUCUUAACUAAGCCACAGACACAUCUAAGAAACCACCAGUGUGAGCACGGAGAGCUGGUGUACCAUGCACUGCAGCUGGUCGCGUACACAGCCCUCGGUAUUUUAAUCAUGAGACUGAAACUCUUCCUGACACCACACAUGUGUGUCAUGGCUUCCCUGAUCUGCUCGAGACAGCUCUUUGGAUGGCUCUUUUGCAAAGUACACCCGGGUGCUGUUGUUUUUGCUCUGUUAGCAGCAAUGUCGAUACAAGGUUCUGCAAAUCUGCAAACCCAGUGGAAUAUUGUAGGGGAAUUCAGCAAUUUGCCACAAGAAGAACUUAUAGAAUGGAUCAAAUAUAGUACCAAACCAGACGCGGUGUUUGCGGGCGCCAUGCCCACGAUGGCGAGUGUGAAACUCUCCGCACUUCGGCCCGUUGUCAACCAUCCACAUUAUGAAGAUGCAGGACUGAGAGCCAGAACGAAAAUAGUGUACUCGAUGUAUAGCCGGAAAGCAGCUGAAGAAGUGAAGCGAGAGCUGGUCAAGUUACAAGUGAAUUACUACAUCCUGGAAGAGUCGUGGUGCGUGCGGAGAUCCAAGCCCGGCUGCAGCAUGCCCGAGAUUUGGGAUGUGGAGGACCCCGCCAACGCUGGGAAGCCGCCCUUAUGUAACCUCCUGGUGAAGGACUCCGAGCCACACUUCACCACCGUGUUCCAGAAUAGUGUUUACAAAGUCUUAGAAGUUAUAGGAGAAUGACCGCGGCCUACAGAGAAGGGCAUCACUCAUGGUUUUAACGUUUUGCUAAUAACUCAUGCCUUGUUUUUAAGCGGAUCCCAAAAACUUUUAUAGCUAACUGUUUUCAAAUAGGAUAGUGUUUUAUUUGAUCUAUUCGAAUGUCAUUCUGAUUGUAAAAGUAUGUAUACCACUAUGAAUUGGGUACUAUUUCAAUGCACCCCUUAAAAUUUGCUAUGCAAAUGAGUAUAUGCUUGUAUUUGACUUAAACAUUUGUGCUAAAAGGAGCAAAGCUACCUGUCUACAAAAUAAAUAGGUGAUGACAAAGAUGAUAUGAAAA